CCCCUCGUCCAUCUAAGCUGCCUUUAGUUGGUCGUGACCAAUAUUUACAAUAAUACCCCAACAACCCUAGCGUAGAGUUAUAUUUUAUAUUAUUCCCUUUUCUUUUCAAUUGUGGCAUUAGAUUCGCUUUAUCUUGUACUAGAGCAGGAUAAAGGUUAUCAUUAAUCAUUAUCCAAGUAUCUUGGUCGUAUCUUUGGACUCACUAAGACCACCGUAACGAGCUCCUACUUAUAACACCACUAUUUCUCGACAUGGGGUCCACGGUUGAUAUCGGUAGACGCAUCGUGCAAUUGUUCUGGGAUCCUGAGCCGACUAAUGAUAUUAUCCGAGACCGACCGGUUUGGUGUCUUGGGUCCUCUUACAGGCUCAACAACGGCAACAAUAACAAUAACAAUAGCAACAACAACAACGGCGCCAGCCCGAAGCAAGACGCACCUACGACUUCUGAACCACCAGCCAAGGAUGCCAUCCAAGCUCCUUCUAGACUCCCCGAAACCCCUCCCGACUCUACCUCCAGCAGCUUAGACUCAUCCCUCGCAUACGACGAAGCGCCUCUAGAUGGAGGUUGGCCUCCCGCAUUCCUCGACGAUUUCGAAUCCAGAAUAUGGAUGACCUAUAGGUCCGAGUUCGACCCCAUAGCCAAGUCGCAAGAUCCGAAGGCCUUUUCUGCCCUAUCUUUCUCAAUGCGCCUCAAGAGUCAGUUAGGCGACCAGACCGGAUUCGCCUCCGAUAGUGGAUGGGGGUGUAUGAUCAGGUCCGGCCAGAGCCUGUUGGCCAACGCUAUGCUAGUACAUCGUCUUGGUCGAGGAUGGCGAAGGAGUACGCCGAGUCAGGAAGAGAAUAAGAUCCUAUCCUUGUUUGCCGAUGACCCACGAGCACCAUACUCGAUACAUAACUUCGUACGUCAUGGUGCUUCCGCGUGUGGGAAAUAUCCUGGCGAAUGGUUCGGUCCUUCAGCGACCGCGAGGUGUAUCCAAGCCUUGAUAAAUACCACCGAGCCGGCGUUACGCGUCUAUUCUACGGGGGAUGGGCCGGAUGUCUACGAGGACAACUUCAUGAAGAUCGCCAAACCUGAUGGCACAACUUUUCAUCCGACAGUGAUAUUAGUGGGCACACGUCUGGGCAUCGACAAGAUUACGCCUGUAUAUUGGGAAGCUCUUACAGCGUCCUUACAGAUGCCGCAGUCAAUUGGUAUUGCUGGUGGACGUCCGUCGUCAUCGCAUUAUUUUAUCGGCGUCCAGGGCCUCCACUUCUUCUAUCUAGAUCCGCAUUUCACACGACCAGCUUUACCCUAUCAUGAAGACCCCGACGAAUAUACCCAGGAAGAAAUUGACACCUGCCACACAAGAAAGCUACGACGACUGCACGUCAAGGAAAUGGAUCCAAGCAUGCUCAUCGGCUUUCUAAUCUGUGACGAAGAAGACUGGAAGGACUGGCGGAGAAGCGUCAAACACGUCCAAGGUAAAGCCAUCAUUCACGUGUCGGACCGCGACCCGAUCGCGCAAAUGGAGGCAACUGGGGGUACUAUAAUGGAUGAUGUUAAAACUCUGAGCGAUGAAGAUGAGGACGACGACACGGCGUUGGUGGAAUAAAUGAAUAUCAGGCGCAAUAUGUUAUCGGGUUGGCUAGGAGAAUACCACUAGGUAAUUGCCAGGCGUUAAGGUGUGGAUUAUGGAGGAUUAUGAAUAACCAUUGGCGGUGUAAAUAUCUUGAGCACCUACAGCAGUGAUUUGGCAAGUCAUGGUAGCUAACUACCGAAGUAGCUGCCUUCUUCUUCUUUCUACUUUGGCGGACAGG